AUGAAUUCUUACGGGGGGUGGCGCAGCGAGCACGAAAUAGCAUUUAUGCCUGGAAUUCCACUGCUGAUGCGGGGAUGCGGGUUAGUUAUGGCCACGAUACGCGACGCCCACACGCUCACGCUCUCCGACACGCUCAUAGCGAGUGCCUUCCUCGCGAACCUCAUCAGCCUACUGGCACCACUCGAGCUGUACAGACUGACGCGCGUCGUGUAUCCGCACUACACUCCCGCACAGGCAGCUGCACCAGCGUUGCUAAUGGCCGCGUGUCCUCCCUCGCCGCCUUCCCUGCUCGUGCCGUACACCGAGGCCGUGUACACGCCGCUCGCACUCAUGACGGCGCGAAUGGUGGCCGAGGGCUCCUGGCUGACGGCAUCGCUCGUCGCUUUCGCUGCCGCUUCCACCCGCGCAAACGGCUGUCUCCUCGCCGGCUUCUUCCUCUACGAAAUACUCAUCCGCCCCGUCCUAGAAACGCGGCGUCUGUGUUUCCCCCCGAGAAUAAUUAAUCGCAUAGCAUUUGCGUCUCUCGGCACCAUUGCAUCAUUCGCCCCACUCGGAUAUACGCAGACGGAGGCAUACGCGCGGCUAUGUCCGCAAGCACCUUUUUGCACGCGCACACUCCCCCUCGCAUACAGCUAUGUGCAAGGAACGUACUGGGAUAACGGGCUAUUGCGCUACUGGAAUGUAUCGCAAAUACCCAAUUUCCUCAUAUCGUUGCCGGUGUAUGUCGUGGGGAUCGUAGCCAUCUGCAAUCCCCACAUGACUCUGCGCGCUCUCCCCCACUAUGUCCUGCACACACUCACUCUCAUACUCCUCCUCUGCUUUUCAAAUGUACAGAUCGCCCUGCGUUUCGCGACUGCCCUUCCCCCUCUGUGGUGGUGGGUGGCGGCGCACACAGAUAGCAGACUCGCUCGCUCGUUCGUCGCGUGGUCCCGGCUAUGGGGCUGCGUCGCUUGUGUCCUCUGGGCUGCUUUCUUACCGCCUGCGUAG